AUGGCUCCCAACGUUUACAAUGCAUGCGCCAGGCGCGUGACGGAACACUACCUCGCCUGCAAGUCCAUCACAGACGACAUCCAGGCCAUCCGUCAACAAAUUUCAGGUAGUAGCGGCCCUGAGAAGCAAGACCUCGAAACAAUGCUCGGAAUUCGGAUCCAGGACAAAGCGGAUGAAGCUCGUGCCGGCAUCGACGCGCAGAUCGAACUCCUCAACCUGGUAAAGGAUUCCGACUGGAUCACCGUCCCCGUCACCAUCCUAACGGAGCUCAAUCGGACCUUUUCCGGAAACGCUCUCGACCAAUUGCGAGUACAGUUCGAGGUUGACCGCGACGCUGCCAUUUCUGGCGAUGGUCGAUUGGGUGGCUCCAACCCAAAUGCUUUGAGACUACCCUCUCGGCAGACAAGGAGACAGACUCGUUUGGCAGUGAGACGGCUACUUGCUGAGGUCUCGGCAAACAUUGUGCCCUUCGACCCGACAGUAGACUAUGUGCUCGACAUCCCGGCACCGAAAAGGCCUCGCCUCAAGACUCCUGAAGAAUUGCCCCCCCUCACCCCAGCAACUCUUCCCGCCAAUGCUUUUUCCCUCCCUGAGCAGAUCCCGCCGCCAUCAAAUGGCCCCAGGCGUUCAUCCCGUGUCUCCGCUGCCCCAAAAGUCAACUACUUCAAUGACUUUGCCGAUAUUGGUGGAGAGUCUGAGCCCAGUCCUGAUGAUGUCGAGCCAGAAGACUCAUCCGACGACGACAUAAUGUCCAUUGUUGACGUUGAUGAGAUGUUCGAUGACUUGGAAGAGGUCGACGUGAAAGACGGUCCAUCUAGAGCCACAAAAAUCCCCUCGGACAGUGACAAGUACGAAGCUUUCACUGAUGAGAAUGGGCGUAUUCGGAUCGGACCUCAACCAAUGGCACCAUCGGUACACAUCAACUGCAGCAAAGUGAGGCGCCGACAGCAGCAAAUUGACAGGCACUUGCGACUAUACAGGAGUCGACUUCUCGUGGGCCCUGGAACGCAACAGGAGAUUUUACUACCACUGCUACCUCUGCUACCACUGCUACCUCUGCUACCUCUGCUACCUCUGCUACCUCUGCUACCUCUGCUACCUCUGCUACCUCUGCUACCUACAUCAGGCCGCAGAGAAUUGGAAUACCUUCUAACUUGGGCCACCAACAAAACCAUGUACAACUAUUCGUCAAUGGACUGGAACCCGCUUCGAAAGCUUAUCAGCAAGGUCCCUAUCUCGCAUUCUUACUGGGACGUUGAUCCCACUCUUGGAGACAAGUUGUGGAUGGGCGAAUGGGACCGAACCAUCACGCCUGUUGCGCCACCAUCGCCAUCCUUCAAGAUGUUGCUGGUCCCCAUCGACCCCUGGCUCUUUGGCACGCAAGACCACCUGGUAUUCAAAUGCCUAGACUGUCCAGAAAGCUUUAAAACCGCCGGACUUCUCCUUAAACACUGCCGACAGGAGCACGACAACGAGGCAAUCGACGAUACUGAGAGCCAAGGCCCAGAUGACUUCACAGAGGAUUUCUGGAAGUUAGCGUGCAAUGGGUGUGGGAAAACUUUUCCAAUUUAUACGAGCUUGCAACACAAUAUCUCGUCUGCGGUAUGUACCGACACGUCAACACAUAAGUGCCCUGAGUGUGGCAAGAUCUUCGAUGUAUCGACUAACCCCAGACACCAUAUGCUCACCUACACCGAUGAGCGACCUUUUGAAUGUCAUAUUUGUGGUGCAGGCUUCAAAGACAAGACGGUGUUGAAAAGGCACCUGGUAACGCAUUCCGAUAACAAGUCAGGAAAUGAAAUUUAG